UGGAUCUUUUAUAUUGCAACUUCUCAGAUCGAAUUGGCAGCUUCAACGCUCUGAUCUGAUCAGCUUCCCCGGGUCGCCUCCACCAUGGCUGAACCGAACCCUCUCGAUCUGCCCCUCCUCCUCCUCCCCUCUUCAGCUUCUUAGCGCCGCCGGAAGAGACAGCGGAGGAUGAACAACUCCACCGGCUCGCCCGGCAGCUUCCUCGGGGCCGACAACUUUGGCGGGUUUGGCUACGGCGUCGGCGUCUCCGUCGGCAUCCUCCUCCUCAUCACCACCAUCACCCUGGCCUCCUAUUACUGCACCCGGACCGUCGACCCGGCGCCCCAGCAGCGUAACAUAAUAAACGUCCACCGCCUGGGGAUGCCCCCCGGCAGGGGGGCGGCAGCGGGGGACGCGGUGGUGGUCAACAUGGGCCUCGACGAGGACACCAUAAAGAGCUACCCGAGGCUGCUCUACUCGGAGGCGAAGCUGAGGAGCUCGGCCUCGACGGCUUCUUGCUGCUCCAUAUGUUUGGCGGACUACAAGGGCCACGAUGAGCUGAGGAUGAUACCCGACUGCGGCCAUCUGUUCCACCACGAGUGCAUUGACCCGUGGCUGAGGAUGCACCCGACGUGCCCCGUGUGCCGGACUUCUCCGAUGCCUACCCCGAUGUCGACACCACUCGCAGAGGUGGUGCCGCUGGCUAGUAGGAGGGAUUGAUCUCGAUCGAACGACAAUUCUGGGAUGAAUAUGUUGGCAGGAACCCAUUUCCAGGAAUCUUAAGAGGGUCUAUCUGGUAUGGUAGCCUCAUAUCUCAUCUUGGAUUAGGCGUGAACUGAUACAACACACAAGUCAUCCUCACCUGAUUUUACUGAUAUACCUGAUAUGCUUUCUUCCGACCACUCAAACAGAAGGUUUAAUAACUGCAGCUUCUCAGACAACGUUCGAAAGUGUUUUCUCUGGUUGACUACCAGCGGCUGUGACAUGUGGGUGUAGAGUAGUGGUGGUGAGCUAUGUCGGAUCUAUGGUUGUUGACUAGACUUUUGCCACGAAAAUAGAGCGUUUUGUGGUUGUGAUUUGGU